AUGGAAGCUGUCGUAGGCAUCUGUGCUCUCUGCUUGAAUGAGAAGCUCCUGGUUUUGGCCUCCGAGCAAGGUCAUCUUCCUCUAUGCAGGAGGUACUUGAGAGUGCCGAAGAGGAAACCAGUCAUCACGCUUCCUAAGAUCUUUGUUUUGGGCUCUUUCGGCCAUCUCCUCGAGUCCCAUCAUCACACAAACAAAGAUCACUCCGGUCGUGAAGGCCCCAUUGCCAGCCUCGAAGAGAUCAUCUUCAUGUUUGUGGUUAUCUUGGAGAGUGCCAUGCAUCUAAACGUGGUUUGGGUCUUGAUAGACUCGUUCAUAUCGAUUAAGUUUGAGGACGAAGGGCAAGUGUUAUCGAAGAACAAGAAAGACAAGAGCUUUGAAGUUUCAACAGACACCACCACCAUUGGCAACGGAACCAAGGAAGUAAAGACAACGGUGGAGCAGUCAGACCACAGCGGGUUCCCGAGGUGGCGAAAGCACAUCGGCCGCCUUCUUCAUCAGGGAAUCUGGAAGCGGUCCAAUGAGGCAAGCACAUGCCACUUUGGGUUUGGAGGUAAGGUGGAAGGAGUGAAGCGGACAAGGGGUUGGGUAAGGAGUCUAACAAGGAGGACCACCACCUCUGGCUAG